AUGUUUACUCACUAUGCUGUUAACGUGUUAACCAUUGACCAAUCUGCUCUCCUUUGGAACGGACCCUUCACUCGUGUGUUCAUGGUCCGGGAUCGCCACGCUCUCCGCUUGUCUCAGCAGCGGCGAUUUCAACCCGCUCUCAGAUUACCGCCCUCCUUUUCAAAGUCCUCUCUUCCAAUGAAGAGCGAUACUCCUAAGCCAUUCAAGCGCCAGCGAGAGGUGCAGGAAUCAGAACCAGGUGAGCUUCUGGUGAGACCCUUGCAGAAGCGGAAGCGUAGCUCAACAUGUGCGUCUGCGGGCUUGAUGGGUGGCUGCGCGCCGGCGCCCUCUCCAACGUCACCACCCACCAGCGAGAAAAGCCCCUCAGCACCGCAAUCCUUCUGCCCUAGGGCGACUCUAAUCGUGCGUGACUUCCUAAACUCGCCAUCGUCAUUGCUCUCGCCAAAUCCUCCCAACUCGGCCUCACCCUCGCCACCCGUAUCCCCGGGCCCCCCUUCGACCUGCCCCUCCGCAGCCCCUGACGGCUCCCCCUGUGCGAACUGUGUCUUCUGGCAAUCCCAGGCCGAGUCCUCCGCGCGGAACAAGCAGAUCCUAUCAAGUGCACGAGAAAUAAUGUCCGAAUGCAGGCUUAUGCACGCCGGCGCGAGGCGGAUGUGUGUCGAAACAGCCGUCAUGAAGAUCCGCACUGAGCAUGUGCAUGAGCGUGUUCAGAAACUGGUGGGAAAGGCUGGGGCAGCAAAGUACAUCCGCGAGGUGGCUGAGGAGCUAGAGCCGGGGCUGAAGGUUGGGGACGCUUGUGAGUUCUUCCAAGGGGUGGAGAGAGAGGAGGGUAACUGA